AUAGCGAACUUUCGGCAACACUACUUGAACAGAAAUAGUUCCCAUUAAUGUUAUUGUUUUGAAUUCUUGUUUUCUUUUCUUUGGAAUUUGAUAUGAGAAUGACUCUUAUUUCCUUUUGCCUAUUUGAAUAGAAAGGCUAGAAGCAAACGUCUGUGUCUUUGAGAUUGCUUUCUAAAAAUACAAAAAGCUAAUGUUUUACAAAAGUAAAUAUAUGAAUAUCAAAUUAUUCCUCAUAAUACUAUCGAGUUCUAGAACAUUAAUGGCAAGACCCCAGGUAGCUCUGAUGUCCAUACAUUUCAAAUGCAGAGGUGGGACUUACCCUCGGUCAAAUGUACUAAGAUUUAUUGUUCCUGAUGAUAAGGUCAGCUGGUCUACUGAGUAUACCAGUUACAAACCUCCUAAUUAUACUGAACCAGGGCUUACAGGGAAACCAUGGGCAGAUCCUGACAUUGGUAAUGGUACAUUUCAACCAAAAUGGAAUAGUAUGGAUGGAAAAAUAAGUAGAAAAAGUUACAUGGGUGACUACCAAAUUGUCAAUGGUUAUCCACUUAAUCCCAUUGGCCGCACUGGAAUUUGUGGACGUGGAAUCCUUGGUCGGUGGGGACCAAAUCAUGCAGCAGAUCCAGUGGUUACACGAUGGAAGAGAUUGGAGUCAGGGGAGUUAGUUCAUGACGACAAUGAUAAACCAAUACUUCAGUUUGUAGCUAUCAAACGAGGAGACACUGGAGAGUGGGCCCUGCCUGGUGGCAUGGUUGAUCCUGGAGAAAAAGUAACCACCACAGCUGUCAGGGAAUUCCAAGAAGAAGCUAUGAAUGCUUUAGUCAUGUCUAAAGAGGAAAGAGAAGAAUGGACAAAAAAGUUUGAAAAGUUCUUUAGUGAAGGAGAAGUUGUUUACGAGGGAUAUGUGGAUGACCGUCGCAAUACUGACAAUGCAUGGAUGGAAACUGUGGCUUACAAUUUCCAUGACGACAGUGGAUCUGUUGUUGGAGCCCUAAAUCUACAUGCUGGGGAUGAUGCAGUGGGGGUAAGAUGGGUUGAUGCAACCCCAAACAUUAGUUUAUAUGCCAGCCAUGACUCAAUUUUGAAAGAAGUCGUAAAUCGGCAUUUGGGGAUUGGUAAGUUAAGGUAGUUUUUGUUAAAACAGUGUCAUUUUAUUUGUGCCUCAUUUUUAGUAUUACAAACACCAUACACAGUGAAUUCUAAGUUGUAGGUACUUAAUAAAAUUCAAAUAAAUUAAAAUGCUUUAAAAAAAUGCAGUUUAUUAAGUCAUAAUAUAUAAUAUACUCAGAUAUCCAUCACAAGUUUCCAAAUACACAUGUAAAAAUAUUGCAUCUUAUCUGAUAACAAUAUAAAAAUUUCGUUUUUUCAUAACAUUUCUGUUGAUGAUCACCUGAAUCUAUCACAUAUUGCACCCAUUCAUCCCCCUUUACAUCAUAAUUAUACACAAUUAUGCAUAAUAACUAUUAUUUUAUCCUAAUUUACUGCUACCAUUACGGAGUACAGUGGAUUCAUUGAAAUAAAGGUUAAAUUAAUAUUUUUACUCAACAAAUUAUAACGUUAUUAUUGGCAACCUGUCUAAUGUUCCUUGCUUUUAUGAAUGACAUGAAAUUUAGAUUUCAUCAGUGUGUAUUAUCUGCAGACUUUCAAAA